AUGGUAUCAAUAUCUGGUAUAACUUAUUCUUUAUUAAUUCAAGCAAUUAGUCGAUUAUUUUUUUCAAUAUUUUAUUCACAUAAAUUUUUAUUAAAAAAACGUAUCCAUUGGAUUUUAAUAUUUUUCAAAUGGUUAAUAUGUUUUAUAAUUGGAAUUCAACCACUUUUUAUUGAACAUGGUUUUGAACUUGUCCGAGAACAUCGAAUGUGUAGAAUAAAAACAAAUAAAUUAUCAAUAGCACCAUAUUCUAUUUGUAUUGUUUAUGUUUUCGCAGGAUUAUUUGCUUGUAUUUGUUUAACUUUUAUUCGUAAGAAUUUAAUAGUUAUGAAAAAUAUCUUAAUUAUUUUAAAUAUUCUUAUGUGUGGUGGAACACCUUAUUUAAUUCUUAUGAUUUGGGAUUUAAUAGACAAUGGAAGUGCACCAAGACAAUUAUAUUUUUUAUCAGUUAAUUCAUUAGUUUCAGCUACAACUCUUAUGAUAAUUGUUACAUUUUAUAAGAAUAAAACAGUGAAAAAAAUAACAUUGAAAUAUUUAUCCGGACAUUAA